CGACCGCUGCCAUUUUGACGGGACGAGUGGAGAGCAAGCUGGGAAACUGCGUAUUUGUUGUUUAGCGGACUUAUUUACACAAAACAAUUUCACCAUGGCUAUGCAAGCAGCGAAACGCGCUAAUAUAAGAUUACCUCCAGAGGUAAACAGGAUCCUGUAUGUCAGGAACCUUCCUUACAAGAUCACAGCUGAGGAAAUGUAUGAUAUCUUUGGAAAAUAUGGACCAAUCCGUCAAAUCAGAACAGGGAACACACCUGAAACAAGAGGGACAGCAUAUGUGGUUUACGAAGACAUCUUUGACGCCAAGAACGCCUGUGACCAUCUGUCAGGUUUCAACGUCUGCAACCGUUACCUGGUGGUCCUCUACUACAAUGCAAACAGAGCUUUCCAGAAGAUGGACACAAAGAAGAAAGAGGAACAGCUGAAGCUUCUAAAAGAGAAAUACGGCAUCAACACAGACCCUCCAAAGUAACGCUCCGGAAACCCACCUCCACCUCCACGCCUUUAACCUCUACGCUCAAAAUCUUUCUGUUCUUUGGUUUAUACUGGUGAUCAUUUACUGAUAUUGUUGUUAAAAUAUUCUUUUAUGAAUGAUUUGUUGAAAUGAGUGCGUUCUUAUUUUUAUUUUUUAUUUUUUUGUCCAACAUCAAAUAUAUGUCACACUGGUUAGAUUGGCAGUAUGCAAGCUAACAACAGUGCAGGGAACUGAUUCAAAUGCUGUUUCUUAAAAUUCUGUUUGAUUUUUCAAACUUUGCUUGGUGUCACAAUGAUUGACAGACACAAAUUACGAACUGUUUAACAGGAAACAAGUUGGAUCAGAAUGUUGGCAGUGACUGGUCACAGUAUUCAUACUUGGAAAUAUGUUGAAAUCUCCCAGAACAUGUGGUAUUUCACUCUUUUUUUGAUCUUUCCAUAUUUUUACAGUCUUUUAAUUUAAGCUUACCAUGGUCAUACAGUGUGUGAUAUGAAGUUGAUCAGUACAGACUGUAAACUAUAUGGUUUCUGUAAAAUAAAUGUUCCUUUUCUAAUA